AUGGCUUCCAUCAGCGAAAUCAUAUCAUCCCACCGUCCGGACCUGGAAAAGGAUUACGUGCCCCUCUACAAACACUUCCACGCCAACCCAGAACUAUCCCACCAAGAAAAAGAAACCGCGGCCAAAAUCGCCUCGAUCUUGAAGUCCACAUGCCCGGAUCUAGACCUCCACACUUCAAUCGGCGGCCACGGUCUAGCUGGCGUCCUCUCCAAUGGCGCCGGUCCCACGAUCCUCCUCCGCGCAGAUAUAGACGGUCUCCCCGUACUGGAAAAAACCGAAUUACCAUGGGCGAGUACGAAAAAACAGAUUGAUCUAAAUGGGGUGGAGAAACCGGUUAUGCAUGCUUGUGGACAUGAUAUACAUAUUACUUCUUUGUUGGCUGCUACGUGCUUACUCUACGGAUCGAAGGAAACUUGGUCGGGAACGUUGAUAUCGCUGUUUCAACCCGCAGAGGAAAAAGGUCAGGGUGCUGAAGCUAUGGUGAAGGAUGGGUUGUACGACAAGAUUCCUAUCCCGGAUGUAGUGUUGGGAGGACAUGUGAUGCCGCAAGCUGCUGGGACGCUGGGGACGAAGAGGGGAUUGAUGGCUUCUUCUGCUGAUAGCUUGGAAGUCACGCUUUUUGGAAAAGGUGGUCAUGCCAGUCAACCGCAUAUGCUCGUUGAUCCGGUGGUAAUGGCCGCUUCAACAGUGAUGCGCCUUCAAACAAUCGUGUCCAGAGAGGUGGAUCCAGCGGACAAUGCAGUGGUAACAUGCGCUUGCAUAAUCGCAGGCGACGCGGAAAAUGUGGUCGCCGACAAUGCAACACUAAAGCUAGAUCUCAGAGCUGUGAAUGCAGCUACGAGGGAAAAAGUGCUGAGCUCGGUCAAGAGAAUUGUCACUGCGGAAUCAAUGGCUAGCGGUGCCGUCAGGGAUCCGGAGUUUGUGACGACGAGAAACUUCCCUUUUACUGUUAACGAUGAAGACGUCACGGAGAAAUUGGAGAAGACCUUCACGGCGCAUUUUGGGACCGAAGACGGCAAAUAUACGACCACGGCUGCGAAGCUCGGAGGAAGUGAGGAUUUUGGUAUUCUUGCGACUGCAAUUGAAAAGCCUUCGUGCUUUUGGACUUAUGGUGGCACAGAUCCUGCACUGCUGGAAAAGGCGGCCGCGGAAGGACGGCCUGGAGAUGUGCCCAUCAACCACAGUGCUUACUUUGCACCUGUAAUCAUGCCGACGCUGCAAGUGGCUGUGGAUGCAUAUGCUGUUGCAGCAUUAACAUGGUUGUUGAAGAAUUGA